GGUUAUCUUUUAGCUUUGGAAGUAGGAGAAAGAACGAGAGAUUUUCGUUCGGAGAUGUUCAUUACCGCAUUGCGUGACAUGAUGGUGGCUAUUCCCACUAAACAUGUUGCCUUCAUUACUGAUGAUCACACAGAUGGAUAUCAGUUACAUCAAAUAUCUAAAGUUUUCUUUGAAAGUGGUAUAAUGUUAGCAUACUUCACCCUGGAGCCUAAUCCUCAUGAAACCUCGUCCAAUGAUCUCGUCAGAUUUUUUUUCUUCCUUCAAAUUUAUGGAUCAUAAUUUACUGUCACUUUUUUUAUAUUAAGAUUACCAUAAAUACAUUUUAAUUAUAAAUACAAAAAGAUUAGUUUCUCAAAUACUAUAUUUUGUUAUAAAAAAAAUUGUUUUUUCAGUUAGUUAAAGACAUAAAAAAAACGACAACAUUUUUUGGCAACGCUGUUUACAUAACCAUAGCCAACCCUUCCAAUGCUGAGGGAAUCAUGCAAAUGGUAAGCAAUCAUUGCACAUUGUAUUGUACAUAUUACUAUAAAUGAGCAUAUAGCACAAAAUGAGACAAAGUAAUUAGGAUAUAAAUUGAAAACUCCAAACCGAAAAGUCUUAAGUC